GGCUUUGCUCAAAGUGACUGUUGGAAGGUUCCUCAAAUGACUACAAAAGGAGGCAGAUGGAUGAUGAAGAGACCCAGAACGACUUAAAAGAGAUGCAAAACAACCAAACAGAGACAGAGAAUGACUGCAUGUGCACAGUGAAGUGGUCCUGCUCCUGUAGGUCUUCUUUAUACGUCUGUGCCUGGAGAUCCAAGGCCUCAGUCUUUCUGAUGGGAAGUAGAAUUUCUUAUAAUUGACUUGUUUUUGUUUGGUGCAUUUCUACUCUGCUUAUUUCUGCUCAGUUCUGUUUUGUUAAGGCAUCACCACCUGCUGCAGGUGAAGCUGAGAUCUCUGGCUGCAGGCGUUUAGCUGCUGAUCCGUCGAUGAGUGUCAAAAUAUGCAAUGCAGAUAAAAAGUCUCAGCAGUAAAGUCAGAAACGUGAUGUGACCUGAUGUCACUGGUGACAUCGGGCGCAGACAGGUGGAGGUUUUGCUUCAAGUACUUCCUGCUGAUUAUGUGUCCCCCUGAAACUGUGAAGUCUCUCGUUUCAAAAGCUUUUUUAAUAACUAAAACGAACCGCGCCUGUUUUCAAUGGUCUCCUCUGUGUUGUGGCUUUGAAAAAGUUGUGUCACAGAAACAAACUGCGAGUGUAAAUUCCAGCUCAAUAUUUGUCGGGGCUUGGUGCGAAUCGCGUCCUUUUCUCUGCGGUGUUCUAACGACAGGUGAAGUUCUUUCCCGAGUCGCAACUGAAAAUACACAAACUGAUGUUUUCUUAGUCUUUACACUGUGCUAUAAAUGUUGUAUUUUAUCACUGCAAAGGUUUUAGUUUUGAUAAAGAAUCCUAGUAGGUGUUUCAUGAACUCUUUUUUAUUUUGUUGUGUCAUUUGUUUGGCUCUGCACUCAACAUCAAACCAAAUGAAAAGACAACUGGUCAGCCUAAACAGGCGUGUGAGGAGGCAAAUAAACAUCUGCAGAAUUUAAAACGUCUGAAGACAAAAUAUAACCACAUUUUAAUUUGAAAGCCAUGACUUCCUUUAUCUCUCUGAACAAAAAACGUACUUUUGAAGGCUUCAAAGUCAUUGUUGUGUUGCAGUGUAGAUUGUGUGCAGGUUGUGUGUAUCAGUGCGUGAGCAGAGCUCCUUUAUAUUUUCUAAGUGGUUGAAAGUUGUUGUGUCAAAAACAAGUGUAGAUAUAUCUUCCUGCCUGUCUGAGCUCUUGUUUUGUAAAGAAUUAAACCUUCCUGCUGGACCAAACCCGACUGUGCGUAUGUUUGUUAGCCGGUCAUCAGAUAGGUCUUACAGGCCGUGCAGGUGAACAUCAUUGUGACAGCAGCUGUCAACACAACUCAUGCAUAAAGUGUUUUUCUUCUGCACGACCGUACGGACAGAAAGGCCAACACAACAUGACGUCUGCAGGGAAACCGUCACAGGGGACAUUUUACUGAAUGAAGUACUCUGCAAUCCAUUUUUCUGCUUGUUCUUUAUAGCUUCCUGCACCACCGGUUUGUGUUUUCGUUUCUUGGCUUCACCUCUGCGGUCACAGCGAAUCUGACGUCACAGACAGAAACUGAGCAGCAUGUGUUGUGUGUUGUACCAACAUCCUCAGGGUCUAACGAGUGUAAAACAUCAUCAUUAUUAUUAAUAUUCACACACCUUCUCUUUAGCUCCUGGCGCUUCUCACCAGUCAAACAGCCUGAACUUUAUUUAAACUUCUUGUUAAGGGCUGACGAGCUGUUGGUCGCCAUGAGCAUGAGGACUGUACAGAAACUCUGCGCUGCUUCCUUGUUAACGGUGUUCUGCUGCAGCGUGAUGACCAGACAAGAGGUGAUGUUGACCUGCGACCUGCAGAACUUUGCACAGAAGCUGGACUGCCGUGAACGUCUGAUCAUCAUUCAGAACGUGGAGGUGAGUCACAGAGAGACGGAGGUUUGUGUUGACGGCGCUCGUCCAAACCGAACCGAGCCACCUCUCUGCUCCUCGACCCCCAUGCUCCACAUCGUGAAGGAGAGGUGUAACGGUCGAUACAGGUGCACAGUGCCGAUGGAUUUGUGUCACGUGAACCUGCCCUGUGUGACCAGGUGUGUUUGGAUGGAGACCACAUACACCUGUGAGGCUGGGAGGAUCCAUCAUGCGUGUCAGCAAGAGAAGGCCGCACUUCACUGCGGACCUCAGGUGAUCAAAAUGCUGACGACUAACUAUGGCAGGACCAGCAAGAUGGUGUGUGAGUACAGCGCCCCUCACAGUCAGCCACCCAGCACCAGCUGUUACCUCCCCAACGCUCUGCAGGUGAUGGCCAACAGAUGUGAUGGCAAACACAGAUGUUCAGUUCGAGCCUCCAACUUGAUCUUCUCCAACCCCUGCCCCGGGACCCUUAAAUACCUGCAGUACUCGUACACCUGUGUGGAUCCUGGUGGCCGUUCAUCCGCUUCACUUUCAUCGUUCAGAAACUCCAAGGAAAGAAGCUGAAAGAAUCGGCGGAAAGCAGGACCAAAAACCCAGAAAAGCUGUGAAGUCCUCGUCUUCAGGCCAGUGAGGACGUGGGGUCAAUAAACAUCAGCUGGUGUGAAAUGGGACAAACCGUCCGUGUGUUUUAUUGAUGUGGACUAAGGUUAUGAUGGUCGUGACAAUAGGGAAGUUAAAUUUGAUGAUACGUUUUUCAGGAAGUGGCAGAUGGAGUUGUAGCUCGUGGAGGCUAGGCAGGAAGUGAUGUCA